ACCGCGUGGCUCUCGCCUGUGAUCCCAGUAUUCUGACUGGGCAAGCAGAAUACAAGUUCAAAGGCCACCCUCUGCUCCAGCCGUAGGGCGUGCCAGUCCGCCUGAGCUACGUGUCAAAACAGGGAGAGGGGAAAUUACUUCAUUCUACUCCAGAAGGCAACAAAACUACCUGAGGAAGAAUGGAAGGGGACCAGCUGGAAGCCUUGGACUUUCCUUCAGAGGAUUUGCCUGUUGAGGUCACCGUAGAGGUGACAGGAGAACCGCCUGGUGCUUUGGAGGAAGAACCAGAUAGUGAAGAAGAGGAAGAGACGCCCUCGGAAGUCAUAAAGUCACUGUCCCUUUUAGACGUGCUGAGGGUCUCCACAAUUAUGGAGGACAUCCUCGACCAGCUCUCUAUCCUAGGCUACAUCAUUCCCCUUCAGUAUGAGAGAAGGCAGAGCAUGAGCCAGAAAAGCAGCCAUGAAGGAACAUCUAUGAUGUCAAGUACAAGGAGACUAUCGGCUUCUUUAGUAACUAGAGAAAGAUCCAUGGUGUCGGAGGGCAAACAAAGAGGCCAGGAGUUUACCUUUAAAAAACCAACAAGACAGGCCAUAAUGACGCUGGAGACCCUGAGGAAGAUUCAGAACGACAGGCAGUAUUUCAGUGAUGUGAUUACAAAUGCCAUGAUGGACAUGCAAAAUUCUGGCUCAUUCAAGAGUCUGUUAGAAGCCUUGGACAAAGAAAGAGAGAAAAAAAUGAGUUUCCAUGAAGUCAUCACAAGGGAGGAAAAAGGAAGAAAACAGAUACGAUCUCUUCAAAAACAGUUAGUUGAUGUCAAAAAGGAGCGUCAAAUGCAAGUACAGAAUGGGAACGAAUACAUUGCUCACCUCAAGGAUCAGUUGCAAGAGAUGAAGGCAAAAACCAACUUGGAGAAUCUUUAUAUGAAAAGGAACACCGAGCUGCAGAUUUCCCAGACCCAGAAGAAAUGUAACAAAGCAGAGGAACUUUUGCUAGAGGAGAUAGAGAAACUGAGGAUGAAAACUGAAGAAGAGAACCGAGUCCAUAUGGAGAUCGAAGUGUUCCUUAAGAAAGAGCAGCAGAAGCUUGAGGAGAAACUCGAGUUCUGGAUGGAGAAGUUUGAUAAAGACACAGAAGCAAAACAGAACGAGUUAAAUGCUCUCAAGGCUGCCAAGGCCACUGACCUAGCGCACCUUCAGGACCUCGCGAAGAUGAUCCGGGAGUGUGAGCAGGUCAUUAUUGAAGACCGGAUAGAGAAGGAGAAGACCAGGAGGAAGCUGGAGCAGGAUGACUUGGAGCUGAAGAGCAUUGUGAAGCUCCAAGCCUGGUGGCGAGGUACAGUGGUCCGGAGGGAAAUUGGAGGUUUCAAACUGCCCAGGAAAGACAAAGAUGACAGCAAAGACUCAAAAGGCAAGGAGAAGGAAAAACGGAGAGGCAAGAAGUGACUAGUUUCUGUUGUUCUUUCUUCUG